AGAGGCAAGCCUGGGAAGAAUUCCGUAAAGUCGUUGAUGGAUUUCUCGGAAACAAGAAGUCAUCUGACUAUGAGGUUCACGUCAAGGAUAUGAUAUGUCGUUUUCAAGAUCUUGGAUGUACAAUGAGUGUCAAGAUGCAUUUCCUAGACUCGCACCUUAAUUACUUUCCUGAAAAUUUGGGUGAGUAUAGUGAGGAGCAAGGUGAGAGAUUUCACCAAGAUAUUAGUGAAAUGGAGCGAAGAUACCAAGGACGUUGGAAUGUAAAUGUGAUGGCUGAUUAUUGUUGGAGUCUGUACAGACAAAAUCCUGAUGCUUCAUACACAAGAAAAUCAUACCGGAAACAGUCUCACGGUGCUAAGUGACCAGCAAAGACACGAUGAACUGUUUCUUUAAUGUAACAUUUGCUAUAAUUUAUGUUGAACCUUUAAUGUAAAUUGUGACAAAACCAGGCGUGUGGCGGCAAAUUGGAAGCCAUAUUCCGAAACUAUGUGAAAAACUGUAGAACAUGCACUUGUUUUUGUUAAAUCACCUAACAAAAAACUUUAAAAUGUCGGCUGGUUAAUCAAGUACUAUAGAGUAAAGUACCAGUAUGUGAAGGUAACAAAGCAUUGAAAAGUUAUUCUUCUUAGUCACAGGCAGAUAUAUGCAGAUCCGAAAGGCACCAAAUAAAAUGAGCACUUUGUAAGCAGAAGGAAUUUCUGGAUGUGGAAAGGUCAACUGCAGAAAUCCAGCAAAACCCGGAGCAGCGAAAUGCAGCCUCAGAUCAAGCCAUGAGAUCCCAUCUCCUGUAGCGAGCUGCCCACUCUCAAAGAGCAGACCAAUGUGCUGAGAGUGCAAGGACUCUUACCCUAGAAAGUUCCGAAUUCAAAAUGACGGUCCUGAAUUAAAGAUGAAAAACUAGAAUACACCCCUAAACCUUUUCAACCCAGAAAAAAAAUGUACAAAAGAAAAAUGACCAGACAGAGGACGAAAACACAGCGCUGCGGGCCCCCCGCACUGAAAAACAGCUAUUUGAUUAUUGCUGUUGCUGUUGGGACAUUAAUUAAUUAGCUAGUUGUAUGGGUAAAAACGAAUCAAUAUUUCUAUUGAUUGAUAAAGCAUUUUCUUUGUAUGACUGUGGGUGGUAUUUAUAUAGCCUUUGUCUUGUGCAUGUGAAUGCUCCGAGGAAAUGCCAGUCAAAGUACUGUGGUCAGUGAAGAGCAGCCGGAGCAGGCAGCAGCACCACAGAGCAUCAGGGAUGCACACGGACCCCGGGACAGCUCACGCCAUGCAAAAGACAUGUUUUUGGCAAAGACGGACUCAGGGCUAAGGAGGCUCUUCUCUGAGGAGGUGUGGAGCUGGGGGAAGGAGAAAAAGGGCGGAGAAGCCGGCCUGACAGAGCCGGAUGUGCUGCAGGGUAUCAGGGCCACGCAGACCGGUUACCCUAAGACCUCACCCAGGGGCUCGAGAAAACACGGCAAGUCUGAGGAGACUCUCCAAGGCAAGGAGGGGACACCUCAGCAAAAACACAAGCCGGUGAAGACGAUGGAUGACAGUGCUGAAACAGACCCAGCAAAAGGAGGACAGGAACCACAGCAAACUCACAUACGUCUGCAGGAGAAACGUGACUCUCGGGGAAAAAGUAAUGGCAAUGUAUCCUCAGGAGAUGAAUCAUCUUCAGCAUCAGCAUCAUUGACAUCAUCGUCAUCCUCGUCAUAUUCUGGAAGACCUCUUAGAAUAAGAUCAUUGCCCAAUUCCCCUGAUGGCUCUUGGAGGUCUCAGAAAACUGUUGGCUCAUUUGCAUCACUCCCUGAGUUCCAGAGAGCAGUUGCCAUCUGUAUAAAUGUGUCGGAGGUGUCGGUGUCUUCAUCAGAUAUCGAUGAGGAUCUGCCCUUUGAUUUAGAGGACAGCAAAUGUAAGUAUCAAAUCCCCUGUAGCAAAAAAAAUUGUCAGUCCACAAUGGGUACUAGCUCUAAUCUUUGCAUUGAGUGCAAGAUCGAUUUAACAAGUGGGAAUACUGUUCCCUGUAAUCUUCAGAACUACCAAAGACUAGAAAAUGUGGCAUCUAUUAACAUCAACCUUGGGGGUAGCACUAUAGGAGCGGGUGCAAAUCGGUGUUUAUCACUUGUAACUUGUGCUGGAGGAGAUGUACAGCAAGAGCAUGAGCAAGAGAUAUCUCCUGUCAUGGCCAGUCAUUUUCAUAGUUCUUCAGUCCAGGAUACAGGUGAUGGGGACAUAGACAUUAGUCAUGAAAGUUCUUCUGCCGAUGAGGGUCCUUUAGACACAGAAGAGAAGUCAGAAGCAUUCUCCCAUAGCAGUGAAGGUCUGGUUUCCUCAGGGGAUGAAAUGGUUUUCAACAAUGAACUGGGUAAUGGGGGAGAAAACAGCAAUUUAGUUACGAUGCGACAGCUUGAGAUCGAAAGGUCUGAUUUUUUAAGCUCAGAGCAAUCAAACUUUUUUCGAUGCAAAAAAAAACAACUGUUUCUUGACAUUGAUCCAAUAUCACUGGAAAAACAAAUGCUCGGACAAAAAUCAGGGAUAAAUAACCCAGUGGAUUUUCCCUCAUGGAAUACCCUGGUUUCCGAGGAAACUCUGUCAGAGAUCCUGUCUCCAGUGGAUGAGAUUCUGUCGUAUGGCAGCGCUGAACUCCUUCCAUCAUUAACGGCAGUUACAGGGUCAGACAUGGGCAAUUAUGUUUACCCACCUCCCCCACCUGCAAGUGAAAUCAUAACCUGGACCAGCGAAGAGGACUUUGCUCUUCCUUUUGAAGGUCUGGAUAAAACCCAGCCUAACAAGAGCCCAACCGAGGAUCCAUCCAUCAUAAGUGAAGAUUUGCCAUCUCUCUCUGAGGAUUUUCUCUUUUUGGUAAACCAGGAGGAAUCAAACAGACAAACAGAUAAAGCAAUAAAUUAUGAGGAUUUAAAAUCAGACCUCUUAAUAACAAACUCAGAAACUACCUCUCCAUACAAGAAAUUAAGUGACAAUAACAGAUGUAAGACCCAAGACAAAAAUCCUCUUUUAAACCUUAUUAUUUCUGAAGCAGAAGACGCUGAAGGCUGUUCAGAACGUGUGUCCUCCUUCAGUGUUGGUGAGGGAGUUGUGUUUUGCCACUCUAUGCCCAGUCAAUGGAAAGAUAGAGAAAUGCCAGCAUUUUCUGGUGGGAACUGGGCAGGUGUGACAUUGGACAGCCCAACCAGAAAUCACAAUGGAACCUUCAAAGAUAUGGAAUACUUCAAAUGUGGGAUCCUUGUCAGGGCAGAAGAUAUUCCACAUGAGGAACGCGAAAGCGACUUGGAGUCCACCCUGCAUAAUGAUCCUUUUUCAGAUGACGAACCAUCUAGUGAUGAUAAAAAAGAAAAUAGAUGGAGAGAAGCCAGAUACUCAGGUGAUGAAAGAAAACAUAUAAGCAAAAAACCAUUACGAGAUGAUUCUUCAGGUCCCCAAAUGACAUGCAAAGAUGUAACUCCACUUCAAGAACCAAAUAACAACACCUGUUCAGAACUUAUAGGGACAUGUGAUCAUCUACUAUCAGAAACUCCAAGUUACCAGCUUCAACAGUCUACUAAUAAUACGACUUUAAACAAGUUUGCACUUUCUGGCUUUGAUGGACUCAAAUCAGAUCAUUUCCACCAAAACACUCCUUAUCCUUCCAAUGCUGAAUUUUCUGAAUGUGUGAGGGGACAGGAGGAUCUGUUAAAUCUCUGUGCCAACAAGACAAAUCCCAUUUUAGUCUCACCUAUCGAAUCAUUCAUUGAUCAGGGUUCCCUGAAGGACUUUGCACCAGGAGCUGCAGUCCAAGAAGUACAGCAUGACAACCCCAUCCUUGAUGUACAAGAGAUAGAAACAGUAAGGUUUUUUAGCAAGUGCCACCAUGAUCUAAACUCUCUGGUCGAAAAAUUAGCAGGAGACUUGGUAAAGGACAUCAUGACGGAUGCUCAGGAACUCAGGAGGAGACAUCGACGAAUGAGAAGCUUCCAAAAUGACAGCCAGAUUCUUGAUAGAAAUGUAAAAAAGAGGGAGGAUAAUCUUACUAGAGCAAACCAACUGGAAUUCAGCGAUCAGUGGCAAUGCGCGCUCUCAUCUUCAGUAAACCUCAAAAUCCAGCCGCAUGAUCCCAUGGUCAUCCGCCAUCUUGUAGCAGGCGCUGUGGAGAGACUUUGCGGUCAAACUAUAAGUUGCAAGGUUGAUAUCACAGAUGCCCCUGAUCAUUUAAUCGAUGGGGAGAGUCGCAGAUCUUACCAACAGGUCAUAUACGACCUCACCUCAGAGGUAUUUGAAGAGAUUUCACGGGACCAUCCAACCGCAUGUGGGUUUCCACGGCAAACAAAUCAAGCAUUAUCUCUUUCAACAGUCCACCCAAGCAAGUCCCUUCUCACACAUGUGAAGGCAGCGGUCCAAAAUGAGGUGCAGAGAGCGCUGAAUCUGGAGCGUAAUGAUGUGCAGAUGAGAGAAAUGCUCCAGGUUAUGUGCAAGUAUGGGAACGCGCAGCGGGACAAAGUGGACUACAUACUGAUCCAGGAGCUUCAUAAAGAAGAACUUCAGUGGCUAGACUACAACCUUGACCAGCUCGCAGUCAAAAUUAGACUGGCUGAUGAGAUCUUCAACAUCCUUCUGCUGGACACUAUGUCAACCCUAAACAAAAUCUACACAGCACCCCCUAAUGUCAAUCCUCCAGCCAUACAAGCAUCCCAACCUGCAUUUGGUCAACGGGAGCAAGACUACAUACAGUAAUAAAGAGACACCUCUCAUAAUUCAUAAAUGUCAAUGUACUGCAAAUAACUCUCCCUUCCAUAUGUGAAUUGAGGUAGGAUGAUUUUAGAUAAAAAGCAAUAUAAAGCUGUGUUAAAUCAUGUGGGAUUACAUGAAAAUUUUUUCCCUGCUGUUUUAUGUGUUAAAUAUCAUAAUUUUUCAUUUUUUUCCUGUGAAAGACAAAUAGUUGAUACUGGGACCUCCUUGUAAUUCUUGUUUGUCUCAGUGUUCUUCCAUGGUGACUUUAUCUUGAUAAUCACCUAUAUAGGCUACAUUCUAUAAGCCUACUCUGGCAAACUGAUUGUUUGGGAGAAAGGUUAUAAAAUAGGAUAUGAUGCAGCCCACAACCUCUCGGUGUGUUCUUGUUAUAACCUGCUUUUUGUUUGCCUGUUUCGUAGUUUCUAACAUUAUAUUAUUUUUUUAUUACACCUAAGGUGUGAUGUUAAAUCUAAUUAAAUUAUUUAUCUAUUUUGCUUUGCUUUACAUUGUUGUAUGUCAUUUUCCCACAAAACCAUAAAACAUGGAUUAGAUACCUACGUUUUUAUAGAACUCAUUGUUUCAUCAUUGCUCUUCUGCGCUGAUUUUGCAUGGGAGCCCUUUCUCUCAUAAAAACAUAUUUCUGUACCUUAUUCAACUUCAGUUCAUGUUGGUCGGUUUUGUAAUUUAUUCAUUUAGUUAUAACUGUCAUCAUAAUGUUAUGGUAAUCCAAAACUAAAUCUGUAAAUGUUUCUUAUUGGCCCAAGCAUGCUGAUCUAAGGACGGGGCCUGAAUGCAUAAUUCUGAACUCGGUGGACAAUGGAAAAAGUAGCAGGGCAGUAGAAGUUAGCUCACAUGGUUUAUGAAUGUGAAGUUUGAAAAGUGCCUGCAGAGACCAAAUCAUAUAAAUAAAUUAAAGAAGCAGGUGUCUGUGCAUUUCAUCAGGAAACACCUCUGACUGCAGUAGCCAAGGUCAUGUGAAGCAGGUCUGGCAUCAUAGUUAUAAGUAUUCAACAAAACAUGCGGUUAAAUCCCUUGAAAAGUACACAUCCAGUUUGGCAAUACCUUGUAUAUUAUUCUGUUGUUUUUUUUGUUUGCGUAAAUGGUAUCAUAUGCCUUAAGGAUGUUUUUUUAUCACAUAAGAUCCUGUCUUGGUUUCAUAGUGCAAACACAAACGGUCAGCAUAUCCAUCUUUUAUUUUACAUAUCCCUCUGUUGAGGAUGGCUGUAUUGUUCCAUUUAAGUGAAGGCACUGUUACUGUUAAUCUACCAAAAUAGUAUUAAUCAAUUGAAAUGAAGAACAAUUUCGCAACUGUUUAACUCCAAGGACUUUGAUGGGUUAAUUAACAUAAGUAAAAUUUGUACUCCCAAAGAAUAUGCCUCUAUGA